UUUCUCUUGUUUAGCCGGUUUCUAAGGACCAGAUCUCCAAGGCCGUGUCUCUUUCACCCUUCUUUUCUCUAGCUUUUUGCUGAAAAAGAGAAACCUUCUGUCAAAUAAAGCAGGCGAUACCUUCCAAGAAACGAGGAAAUAGAAAUAUAUUUUCAAGAAAAGCCUCCCUUCUCACCCCUUUGAAGUUGAGACCGGAGAGGCUUUUCUUGAGUUUAAGACCCAGAACAGUUUUAUCAAAAAAAGAAAACGCACAGAAUAGUUAAUUUCACAGAGGGUUACAGGUUGGGUUUUGGUAUAAUUGCUAUUGGGUUCUUUAGAUUUGGCCGUCUUGUCAUCUGGGCAACAUUCGAUUUGCAAGAUUUUGACAUAGGUGGUUGAUUCGGUGGCAAAGAUUUAAAUUUUUAGUUGACGGGCUUCUGAUUAUUGGAUCUUUGUGCUCUGUUUCUUGGAAAAGAUAUUGGCUUUGAUUUGAAUCACCUUCUGGAUGUAUGGUGGUUGUGUUUGAAUUGUGAAGGCGUUGGUUUUUGUUCUUAUUCUUGUCACGUAUUUGAUGUAUCUUGUUUUUACUGAAGAGGAGGAUUGGCUUGUGAACAUAGAGUGUGUUCUCAGGCCAUUGGUUCUGCCUAUUGAGCAGAAAGUCUUCAGCUUCUCUAUCCCAAGAGAUAGAUGGGAUAAGGAGUUUUACCAAUUACAGGGUGGAUAAGGAGUUUCUGUUGCAUAUUGGGAAAAAGAGCAAAAGGUGAAGUUUUGACAAUUGAAUUGGAGAGCAGAAGGAUUUGAGAACAUGGGUUCUUCACAAGGAUCUACCCUGUCAUCAAAUGCGACUGGAUUUGCAGAUGGAUCUUCUGCUCAUACAGAUGUCAAGUAUAUUGACACUGUUCCUGUAUAUGUUAAGGAGUUGAUUGCCGGAGGUGCUGCUGGUGCGUUUGCUAAAACCGCAGUUGCUCCGCUAGAACGAAUUAAAAUACUUCUGCAGACCAGGACAGACUUUCAUUCUGUAGGAAUCUAUCACUCGCUGAAGAAGAUACUUAAGCAUGAAGGUGCAGCAGGAUUUUAUAAAGGAAAUGGAGCUAGCGUGAUACGUAUUGUUCCGUAUGCAGCAUUACAUUUCAUGACCUAUGAGCGAUACCGUCUGUGGAUUUUGGAUAACUACUCUGCCUUGGGGACAGGGCCUGUUGUUGAUCUUUUAGCUGGUUCUGCUGCUGGUGGAACUGCAGUUUUAUGUACAUAUCCAUUAGAUUUGGCUCGCACCAAACUUGCUUACCAGAUUGUAGAAGCAAGAGGACCUGUCCUGCAUGGGACGACACAGUUCAAUGCCAGUCCAGCUUACAGCGGAAUUAGAAAUGUGAUGGAGAGCGUCUACAGAGAAGGGGGAGUACGUGCACUCUAUCGAGGCAUAGGUCCAACACUGAUUGGUAUUCUUCCAUAUGCUGGCCUGAAGUUUUAUGUUUACGAAGAACUAAAAAGCCACGUCCCUGAAGAACACCAGAAGUCCAUUUUGAUGCGACUAUCCUGUGGAGCUCUGGCAGGUUUAUUUGGACAGACUUUCACGUAUCCAUUAGAUGUUGUAAGAAGGCAGAUGCAGGUUGAGCAUCUGCAACCUUCGUCACAAGGUGGUGUGAGGUACAGAAGCACCUUGGACGGGCUCGGUUCCAUCGUCCGCAAUCAAGGUUGGAGGCAAUUGUUUGCCGGCCUAAGCAUUAACUAUAUUAAGAUUGUCCCAUCAGUUGCAAUUGGUUUCACGGCAUACGACAUGAUGAAGAGCUGGCUGCACAUUCCUCCACGGCAGAAAUCCAAAGCUACAUCUGCUGCAUAAGUUUGCAGUUGGAUUACCUGAUUCAGCUGUCAGUGUUCUGUGACAACAUAUUAGAAAAUUCUAAUACUUCUUAAAGCUUAAACUAAGGUGGAUAGUGUACCAAAUUCUGACAUGAAAUUUGUGUUAAGUAGAAGAGUCAGUAUGGCAUUUAUACCA